UAUUGUUAAAGCGUUUACCGAACGAUUGGUUGGGAGUAUGGCUGUUGUAUCGCAGUCAGAUAUCGACGCUUACAAGCGAGAUGGGUGUGUAUGUCUUCGUGAUGUUUUCUCAUUAGAUUGGAUUGAGAAGAUAAAGAUAGGAAUAAGUACCAAUAAGGCUAAUCCUAGCGUGUAUUCGGAGAACCUCCUUGGAAGUCAGGGAGACGGGUACUAUUUCAACGACUAUGGCAACUGGAGAACAAUACCCGAGUUUAAAGAGUUCGUAUUGCAAUCUUCGGCUGCAGAGAUUGUCGGGCAGCUUCUAGAAACAGAGAAGGUGGGUUUCUACCACGAGCAUGUUCUCACGAAAGACGCAGGGACGUACAAAGUCACACCCUGGCACAUGGACCAGUCCUACUACCCAAUAGAUGGUGACAAGGUUUGUUCUAUUUGGUUACCAGUGGAUCCGAUUCCUCUCAGUUCGUCUCUACAAUUUGUCAAAGGCUCUCACCGCUGGGGAAAAUGGUUUUACCCCAGAAAAUUCGCAACCUCAUUAAACUAUCAACUAAAGAAUUCAACAAUGAAUAACAGUAAUCCUAAAACAUUCGAGAAUGUACCGGAUAUAGAUGGCGGUGGUUAUGAUAUUUUAAGUUGGGAAGUCAUGCCUGGUGAUAUCAUCGUAUUCGAUAUGAAAACACUUCACGGAGCUCCCAUGCACACGUCAGCGGAAACACCGCGGAGGAUCUUGUCGACACGUUGGCUAGGGGACGAUGCAGUGAUAGCGGAGCGACAGUGGGAGGUGUCGCCACCACUGAAAAAAGGAAUGGCUGCAGGAGAGCCAGCGAUUUGCGAUGAAUUCCCUCUGGUAUGGGCAGUCUAAAUAUGCACACAAUUCGUUAACUCCCUGGUUAUUAGUACAGUAAUAUUUAAAUACGUUUAUAUUCCUCUUAUUUUGUCAGAGCAUUUUAAAUCCAGUAGGUCACAACCGACACAUAAUUAGGUGCAACAAUCGUGAUUUACGAUGAAUUCUGGCACAACUUAAAUCUGCACAAAAUUCGACAACUCUCUGGUUUUAGCAACAUUUAAAUACCUUCAUAUUCCUCUCUUUUUUUAAUUAAAUCAUUUUGAUUGAUAUAAUACUAUACUAUAAUAUUAUUAUUCUUAUUAAUAAUAAUAAUAAUAAUAAUAAUAAUAAUAAUACUACUACUAAUAAUAAUAAUAAUAAUAAUAAUAAUAAUAAUAAUAAUAAUAAUAAUAAUAAUAAUAAUAAUAAUGGUAACAUACUGGCAUGUACAGUACUGCAAGCACAACGGAGAGCAAACUAAGACCUUUAUUUUCUUCAAGUGGGCCCUCUAUCGACAGAUAAGUAAAUUGCUUUCCGACGAAAUUUUUUUAUUCAUAAAGUGUGAAUAUACGAGAAUAAAUAUAAAAAGAAAUGUUA